AUGUCCCUCUUCGCCAACCUGUCCAGCGCUGCUCCCGCCCUCGCUCCAGCUCUCAACACUAUCAACGAGAGCCUCAAUCUCGACAACAAACCGAUCACCUAUGCAGUCGGUACCGUGCUUUUAGCCUCCGCUGGCCUUCUGUAUCGCCACCAGUCGACAAAGGACUUGGCUCCUGGACCGCGCGCAUUACCUUUCCUUGGAAAUCUCCUCGAAGUUCCUAUGAAAGACUCAUGGGUCUACUUCAACAACUUGACAGAGAAAUACGGACCCAUGAUCAGGUUGACGCUAGCAGGUAACGAGAUGCUCAUCUUAAAUGACCUCGAGGAUAUCGAAGAGCUGCUUGUAAAGCGUUCGGCCAAUUACUCUUCGCGCCAGCAGCUCAUCUACGCCGGAAAGUAUCGCUCCGCUGAUAGGCGCUUGGUUCUUCUUCCGUAUGGGGCGAUGCUCAAGAAGCAGCGUGCUGCUGUCACACAGAUGAUGAGCCCGAAAGUCGUCGGCACAUAUGAGCACAUUCAGGAGCGUGGAGCGAUGAAACUUCUCUUCGAUACUAUCAAGCAGCCCACGAACACCUACAUCAACCUCAAGUGGUACGCCUCGGAGACGCUGCUCGAACUCAUUUACGGCAAGAAAUUCUCCGCAGACGGCGCAGAGCUCACGACCCUCCUUCACAUGCUGGAGUCGGGUACUGAAGAUUUCCAUCCCUUGAAACACGCCGUCGAUACGUUCCCAUGGUUGGACUAUCUGCCCGAUGUCCUUGCACCAUGGAGAAAACAGGCGUUAGAGGUUCACAACGGCGAGGUCAAGUUCUACACGCGCUUGCUAUAUGGUGUUAAGAACAGGCUAGAUAAUGGCGACCAACUUGAAUGUUUUGCCGCUCGCCUGUGGGAGGACUACAAGAAACUUGGACUCGAUGAGAAGGCAUUGGCAUAUGUCGCCGGUGCUCCUUUCGAGGCAGGUACGGACAACACGGCCGGAACUGUGCUCUGGUUCUUGGUGGCCAUGAUGCACUAUCCCGACGUUCAGAAGAAGGCGCAGGCAGAGCUCGACAGCGUGCUGGGCGCCGAUGGACUCACCCCGCCGAAGUUCCAGCAACUUGAGCAACUCACUUACUGCUCUGCCUUAGUCAAGGAAGUCUUGAGAUGGAAGCCUGUAGCACCAGUCUCAGCACCGCAUUACAGCGAGAAGGAUGAUGUCUACAAGGGCUACCGCAUCCCCGCCAAAACGACGGUUGUGUCGAAUAUAUACGCUCUCCACCACAACGAAAAGCUUUUCCCGAACCACUCUGAGUUCUAUCCCGAACGCUUUGUGCCCGCGAACGGAGGCAAGAUCGGCGUAGAUGGCCUCAACGAGGGUCACUUCAGCUUCGGGUUUGGCAGGCGUGUCUGCCCUGGCCAACAUUUGGCGACGAAGUCCGUUUGGAUCGCUAUGAUCAGUCUGCUCUGGGGCUUCAACAUCACACCACCGAAAGAUGCCAGUGGAAAGCCUAUUCUCCCUGACGUGUCUGCUUGCAGAAGCGGUAUCACUGCCGAGCCGGCUACAUUCAAGGUGGUCUUGACCCCACGAUCUGAUGCACACAAGAACACCAUCAUGUCUCUCAAUGCCUGA